AUGACAGAACCCCCAUCUCCAGAGCAUCUUGCCUCUGGGAAUGAUUGCAUCGCAUCCCUAGCCAGCCAAAAGGACAGACUGGAUUCUCUCCUCGCAUUCAACCGUGUCCAUGUCACCGAAAUCUUGGACCAGGACUCUCGCCCUACCUUCGUCAUUGACCUGGAUCCCGACCAUGACGCGCCCUUCCCUUUGGAUGGACUGACACCAGUAUUUUGCAACUCAGCCCUUCGUUUCCACGAGCGAUUGAUGGACGUUAUCAACGGAACCGUAGGACAAGUUGAGCUAAACACAGCCGAUACCUAUCAGGACUUCAGGUCAUGGGCUACUGGCGUCACAAAACACGAUGACUCCAUGGACUGCUUCCCCUUGAGCUUCAUCUACGCCGACAUGCUAUGGACGGGCUCCACCAUCAGAAAACGAUGGCGGUUGAUCAGCGGUAAUCUGUGGAACCCUGGCAUUCCUGUGUGCGAACCAUCACCUCCUGCCCAGCUUGCCUCAGUCGGUCCAGUGCGCGAAACUUCAGAGAGAUCUUCUGCCAAGCCAUCCGUGGCAGCCACCACGACCGAGGUUCCUAUCACUAACACUACCUUGAGCUCUUCUGAGCAGAAGCAACGCACUUUCCACACCAAGGAUCCUGUGACCAACUCCAGCAGUACAGGGGACUCGUCCCAAACCAAGAGGCUGGUGCUAGCUGCACCUGUGCAGGCAUGUCCUGACUGGACUGUACCCAGGCCUAAGGGCAUCAUAUCUGAUCACAUAGCAAUUGUCAGGGCUGUUCGCUGGGAGGAUACACCCUUAGGUCCCAUGAAGAAGUGGACGCCCGAGUUUCGCCAUGUGGUCAAUCUUGUCAUGCGGUACCCUUUCGCCGCCGCGCUCUUCUGGGGAGCCGAGCUGACAAUGAUAUACAAUGAAGCCUACGCCAAAGAGGCGGCUGGCCAUAAGCACCCAAAGAUACUGGGAACCGGCUUCUCAGGGCCAUUUUCCGAGGUGUGGGACGCUGUUAGUGAUUCGUUCACUGAAUGCGCCCGAACUGGGGUUAGCAUUCGCAGGGAGGACGAAUAUCUGCCGGUCCACCGCUAUGGCUUUCUUGAAGAGACAUUUUUUUCUUGGUCUUUGACGCCACUAUAUGGAGGGACAAAUAAGAUUCUAGGUUUUCAUAACACGCCAAUCGAUACAACGGAGUCAGUCCUCGGUCGUCGUCGGAUGCAGACCAUCAACCAGGUGGGCAGGAAUAUUUCCCAGGCUCGGGGCGUCAAGCAAUUCUGGAAAUACCUUCUAGAAGCCUUGGAAGACAAUCACUUCGAAAUUCCGUUCGCACUACUGUAUUCUGUAGGGGACGUAGAAGAUAACGACCAGGCGUCGUCGUCUUCUGGGAGCACCAUGUCCAUGAAAAAUUGUGUCUACGAAGGCUCUAUUGGUAUUCCACAAGGCCACGACGCAGCUCCUCGUCAGCUUGAUCUCAAGAGGAGUCGAGAGGGGUUCAUUCCCGCGUUUCGAGAAGCGAUGCGAGCACGUGAGCCCACAUUGCUUAACACCCGUGACGGAACUCUGCCUGAAGAGCUCCUGGAGGGCAUUAACUGGCGUGGUUUUCAGGAGCCUUGUAAUAAAGCAAUCAUAUUCCCCGUACGGCCGACAAACGGAGAAAAUGUACUCGCCUUCCUCGUGAUUGGUGUGAACCCACGACGGCCAUAUGAUAGCGGGUACAGGGAUUUUACUAGCAUGCUCAACCGUCAGCUAGCCGCGUCUCUUGCUUCUUGCAUGCUUUUCGAAGCAGAGGUUCGCCGUAGCAAGGACGCUGCCGAGGCGGCAGCUAUAGAAUCGCAGCACCUUUCGCAGCAGCUCGCCUUGCAGACCAAUCGUUUCCGACGAAUGACUGAGCAGUCUCCUCUGGGAAUGUUCUUAUUUGAUCCCGACGGUAUCCUGACCGAGGGAAAUGACCGAUACUAUGAAAUGACGGGACACCCACGGAAUGCCAACCAUGCAAUGUCAUGGAUGGAACAGGUUGAGAGCAGUAGCUUGAAAGACUGUGAAGAGGGGUGGCAAAGAAUGAUCGUAGACCACCAGUCAUGGUCGGCUGAAUUACAGAUGAAGAGACUUGUUGUGAAACCCGUCGACCUCAAGAAUGAGGAUAUUGAAUACUGGGUCGUGAUAACUGCUCAACCAGAAUUCGCUCCGGAUGGUUCCAUUCGAGCCAUUAUGGGUUCGAUUACCGAUGUAUCGCAUAUGAAAUGGGCCGAGGGUCUCCAGAAUCGCAGACUACAAGAAGCUGAGGAAACAAGGCGGCAACAAAACGAGUUCAUCGACAUCACAUCACAUGAGAUGCGAAAUCCGCUAAGCGCCAUACUUCAAUGUGCGGAUGAUAUCGUGGCAACUUUGAACGAACAACGCUCUGCAGGAACCCCCAUUUCAGCACAGGACACAGAGAACUGUCUCGAAGCAGCUCACACUAUAUCGCUAUGUGUACAGCAUCAGAAGUCGAUUGUUGACGACAUCCUCACAGUUUCGAAAUUAGAUUCUAACCUCCUCGUCAUAACGCCUACCCCUGCGCACCCUGUCGAAGUGGUCAAGCGUGUCAUAAAAAUGUUCGAAUCAGAGUUGCUGGCCAAGGAUAUCCACGUGGUUCACCAGACUCUCGAUACCUUCAAGGACGUCGCUAUUGAGUGGGCGAUUUUCGACCCUAGCCGCGUCAUGCAAAUAUUAAUCAACCUCGUUACCAACGCUAUCAAGUUCACGGCGCCGUCGGCCAUCCGAAACAUCACCGUAACGUUGGGCGCAUCGACAGAAGCUCCUGUGCUGGCCGACGCCUCUUUCUUCAAGUAUAUUCCACCCAAAGCCGUCAAAUCCAGCGCAUUCAACGACGAUGAUUGGGGCACCGGUGAGCUCUUGUAUAUUCGGUUUAUGGUACAGGAUACUGGCUGCGGUCUCAGCCCAGAGGAGAUCAAACUGCUUUUCACAAGGUUUUCCCAAGCAUCACCACGUACGCACGCGCAGUACGGGGGUAGCGGUCUUGGCCUUUUCAUAUCCCGUCAGCUGGCCGAGCUGCACGGCGGACGGAUUGGCGUCUCUUCUGUAGUUGGAAACGGUAGCUGCUUCGGCUUCUUCAUCGCCGUGCGUAGGACGUCGCCUCCUACUGGCGACAAUUCGGCCAAGGUCUUGGGCAUCGAGGGGGCGGUCGGCGGCGAUGCAAUGCUCACGCAACAGGUUGCACCCAUGCGGCAGGACCUGGCAUCGCGAGGGCCGCCCUCGGACCUCGUCGCCACCAAGGCCACCCGCGCCUUCGACCCCCGGGAUCUGGACAUACUGGUCGUGGAGGACAACCUGGUCAACCAGACGGUGCUGAUCAAGCAGCUCAAGAAGCGGGGCAUCGGCGUGAGCGCGGCCAAUGACGGCAUCGAGGCGCUCGCACACCUGGACGAGACCAUGUUCCGCAAGGUGGGCGGCAAGAGGCUCUCGGUCAUCCUCAUGGACUUGGAGAUGCCCAACAUGGACGGCCUGACCUGCGUGCGCGAGAUAAGGAGGAUGGAGCACAGCGGCGAGAUCCACGGCCACGUGCCCGUCAUCGCCGUCACGGCCAACGUGCGCGAGGAGCAGGUCGAUGUCGCCAGGCGGAGCGGCAUGGACGACGUCGUCUCCAAGCCCUUCCGCAUACCGGAUCUGCUCAAGAAGCUCGAGGUCCUCCUGGAGGACCUCUCCCCAGGCGGGGCUUGA